UUCUUUUGCUGCUGGUUUGGGGCCAGCCGAGGGGAGGAGGCAGAUUCUGCAGCCCUGUGGAUCCACAUCCCUGCUUGGGCCGGGACUGGAGGCAGCAGCCCCUGUGGAACUUGGAGCGCGCCCUGGGGAUGAAGCCACAAAGACAGGCGCUAUCACAGACGCCCUGUUUCCCAUUAACUUCCUCUUGGAGCGGGGUGGGGGCGUGAGGAGCUUGUCCCAGAUGCUGCGAAGCUGCAGUGACCUUUGUGAGCCUCCCAGCCAUUUAAUACUUCACCCAUUAACCCAGAGCUGACAGCCCCUUGGGAGCCGGAUAAAAGGCUGCGGUGAGCCUGGCACUGCUACUUGCCCUGCGUCUCCCUCGCCAGCAGCGCACCAUGGCUGCCGGCUUCUUCAUCAGCAAGACCCUGGGCAUCGUGGGCAUAAUCCUGGGCCUGGGCGCCGUGGCCACCAUCAUCGCCCUCUCAGUCGUGUACUCGCAGGAGAAGGAAAAAAAUGCAGCGACUUUGCUGCCCAGCAUCUCUUCCACCGCAGCCACCACUCCCAGCAAGGCCACCCCGGCCACCACUCCCAGCAAGGCCACCCCGGCCAACGUGACCAGCACACCCCCCCUGGCCACCACGGCCGCCCCCGCCAAUCCCUGGAACAACUUCAGACUCCCCCAGUCCCUGAUCCCAGAGCACUACGCCGUGACCCUGCAGCCCUUCCUGACCCCGGACGCCUCCGGCCUGUACAUCUUCAAAGGAAACAGCACCGUGAGCUUCUCCUGCCAGAGUGCCACCGACCUCAUUCUGCUCCACAGCAAGCAGCUCAACUACACAGAGCAGAACGGCUUCCUGGUCUCGCUGCAGGGGGUGAGUGGCUCCAGCCCCCCGCCCAUCACAAAGACCUGGCUGGAGACCCAGACCCAGUACCUGGUGGUGCAGCUCCAGGGGCAGCUGGAGAAAGGCAAGAGCUACGAGCUAGUCAGCAGCUUCACGGGGGAGCUGGCCGAUGACCUGGCUGGCUUCUACCGCAGCGAGUAUGUGGAGGAUGGAGUGACCAGGGUCGUGGCCACCACGCAGAUGCAGGCUCCCGACGCGCGGAAAGCCUUCCCCUGCUUCGACGAGCCCGCCAUGAAGGCCAACUUCACGGUCACGCUGAUUCACAGCCCCAGCCACACGGCGCUGUCCAACAUGCCUGUGCAGAGCUCCGUGCAGCAGACCAUCGAUGGCACCACCUGGAACAUCACUAAAUUUGAGACCACCCCCAAGAUGUCCACAUACCUGCUGGCCUUCAUCGUCAGCCAGUUUGAGGCAGUGGAGGCCAUGCAGGACGAAGUGCUGAUCCGGAUCUGGGGCCGGCCAAAGGCCAUCGCAGACGGGCAAGGGGACUAUGCACUCAACGUGACCGGGCCCAUCCUCAAGUUCUUUGAAAACCAUUACAACACGUCAUACCCACUGCCCAAGUCUGACCAGGUUGCCCUUCCAGACUUCAACGCAGGUGCCAUGGAGAACUGGGGGCUGGUGACGUACCGGGAGAACUCGCUGCUCUACGACCCUCUCUUCUCCUCCAUUGGCAACAAGGAGAGAGUGGUGACGGUGAUCGCUCAUGAGCUUGCCCACCAGUGGUUCGGGAACCUGGUGACCCUGCGCUGGUGGAACGACCUGUGGCUGAACGAGGGCUUUGCCUCCUACGUGGAGUACCUGGGGGCGGACUCAGCUGAGCCUUCCUGGCACAUUAAAGACCUGAUAGUGCAGAGUGAGAUGUACCGCGUGAUGAAGGUCGACGCGCUGGCCUCCUCGCACCCGCUCUCCUUCCUGGAGAACGAGAUCAACACACCGGCGCAGAUCAGCGAGGUCUUCGACGCCAUCGCCUACAGCAAGGGGGCGUCGGUGCUGCGGAUGCUCUCGGAGUUCCUCACCGAGGACAGCUUCAAGAAGGGGCUGCAGUCCUACCUCCAAGCCUUCAGCUACGGAAACACGGUCUACGACGAUCUGUGGACUCAUUUGCAAAAGGUGGUGGAUGAAGAAAAAAUUCAGCUCCCCACCACCAUCAAAGGCGUCAUGGAUCGCUGGACACUGCAGAUGGGCUUCCCCGUGGUGACUGUGGACACGAAAGCUGGCUCCAUUAGCCAGAGACACUUCUUACUGGACACCGAAUCCAUUGUCGAGCGGCCCUCGGCGUUCAACUACACCUGGAUAGUCCCUGUCACUUGGAUGAAGCAGCAGGAUGGGGCAGAACAGAUGUACUGGCUCACCGAGACCUCAGGUACGUGCUGGUCCCUGGCCGUGUCCCAGGCACCGGGGCUGCUGCAGGAGCGGGAUAUGCUGCUAGCAGGCGACAGGCGAGCCGUUGCCAGGUUUGCCAUGCCAGUGCCAUGGUCAGUGCCCCGGGGAGCUUUCAGUGCGGUUACUGGGGGUGUCACAUCCCCCUCUUCAGCCCAGGGAGGGAAUGUGGGACUCUAUCGAGGGAGCAGGAGCCCCCAGCCUACCUGGCUCAGGUGUGCAGAGGAGACGCCUGUUUACGCAGAUGGGGACGCCCGACGGGUUUUGCAGCGGCCAGACAGCAGGAGGCGCCUGUCGCAGCCGGAGAACGCAUUCCGCCCGAUCCACAGCAUCGAGGUGGCCGAUCUCUCGCUCUCAGACCUUGACGAUGCAGGGUUCUUCUCCUUGGAGAAGUCGCUGCAGCCUCGGAUUCCCCAUGAAGAUGGCGGCGGGAAAGGACAAUGGCAGUUCAGUGCUGCUGCGUGA